CAUGUCGUACUUCAAUUUGCUUGAGUCAGACUGCUUGGUAAUGAUUUUCUCUUUUUAGCUGGCUGCUGUUGGAAGAUUAUGAAUGUGGUUCCAUCAGGCACGGCACCUCCAGUUCCAGGUGUCGCUCCUCUGCAAGGUGGCGUUGGUUCAUCUUUGUGGAUAAACAAACUGAAGAUAGUUGGUAGUGGGCACAACUGGGCGGUUGCACCAUGCGAACCUUUUUAUCUGAUGGGCACGGAGCCUCCCGCCACUGACGCUGAGCUCACCGGUGCCAAAAAUCUGAUUGAACAUUAUGGACUGGGGAACGCCUAUCAGAAGUUUUGUAGCAAAUCUCUGCGUGAGGAGUUAAGUGCAUUUUUGCCGCAUCUUUCUGGGAACGUGGAUGUUCCGGCAACCGUUGAUGGCAGUGGACUGAUGAGCCUAAUAGAACGACCACCUAUUCGUGGAAAGGAGCUGCGACUAUUUGCUCCAGGGCAACUAGAUCAUGCCUUCCGCCUACAUCCCGGACCUUUGCCUCAAGAAUAUGCUGCAUUGUUCGCUGCUGCGCCACCCAAUCCCAGUUCCAAACAUACACAUCGUUCCACGCAACCUGGCGCAACAGAAGCACCCGGUACGAAUAGUCUUUCCUCUCCAAGAACACCGGUUACUGCUGGUGUCCCUCCUUUCAGUGGUUUAUCUCGUCGUCGGCGACGCACGGAAGUUCAUCGAGGCCAGCUCGGUAGUGUCAGUAACAGUGGUAGCUUGUCUUCUGGUGUUCCUGGAGUUCCACAGAGUGGUUCGUUUUUCCCUAAUUCUGGAAAUAUUAGCACAUCCAGCACUGCAACGCCCCUUUCAACAACCUCCAUUCAACCGCAUGGAGUUCAGUCAGUCACUAGUGCAUUUCCGUCGUCCAAUCCACCUUCAGCGGAACCUAUCUCAAUCAAGUCUGUCGAACUCCCACCCGGUUUGAUUCCGGUUAGCAAUCAGUACUGUCCUCCGAAUCCCCCAACCGAGGCACAUAAACCUCCACCUCCACCACCUCCACUGCUAGCACCAGUACAUCAUUCUCCGAGUAAUGCGCUCCAGCGAUCGGGGUUUGGAAGCAGUUCAGUGCCAGAUUUCUCUGCUUCUGGUUCAUCGGUUAUCCCUGCUCCUCCGGUGCUCCAUUCUAUCCACCCGACCACCACGGCGGCGUUCAAUUCAAUCACUCCAACGUUUCAGCAUUCUACCCAUUCUUCUUUUCCCAUGCACUCACAAGCCUCUCCUGGUUCUUCGCCGCCAUCCCCUGACUUGCAUAGACCACGUCGCCCAGACAGCAUUGCAGAUGAGGAACGUCGUAAAAAGAGGCGCAAGGAGAAAAAACGGCGAAAGGAUCGUGAGUAAUUAACCACACAGACGUGCAUUUUUGCCGUGGAAACACACCGUUGCUACCUUCUCAGGUUUCAUACAAUCCGGUGCACAAUGUAAACAAAUGCGACUGUUCCCUCGCCGGCUAAUGGUUUCCUACUUCUCUUUAAAGAAGAAUUUGUCCAUCCUCCUUGUACAAUCACCUCAGCAAGACCAUUAUUAUGCCAUGUUUAUUUACUUCAUUUUCACCGCGUUCUGACUG